AUGCAUUUCCAAUGUUGGGAAGUUGUGAAGGAUUGUUCGAGAUUCAAAAUUAUUCUCACCGAUCCGCCGGUUGUGUUGAAUGGGACGCUGCUCCACGAGUCGCCAUCAACCGAUUCGCCAUUGGACUCCCCAAUGGAAACGGAGUCACCAUUCGUGCCACGUCCACCGAGACCUAUUGGGAGAAAGGCGGCAAAGGCCAAGAGAGGGGGCACUUCGAACAAUGAAUGUGUACAAUUAUUGGAGCAAAUAGCUAAGAACACCUCACUAAGAAUUGAGAGAGACUUGAAAAGAGAUGAAAUGGACGUGGCACGAGAGGAAGCAUUUGUUAUUCAACAGCAGAAGGCACAAUAA